AUGGGCAACGUGCACCUUCCCUAUCUGCGCCGAUUGCCGGCGGUCGAUGAACUCCUGCGUACCCCGCAAGCGCAGCACUGGCAGGCCCGAUUGUCGCGGCAAAUCGUGACGGACGCCGUCCGCCAGGCGCUGGAAGCCACCCGACACAGCAUUCUGCAGACCACUGAGGAGACCGCACUGGCCGCCCUGCCCGUCGGCGCGUCAGCCGUGCUAUCGCAGGUGGAGGCUAUCCUACGCGCCGCGCAAGGCCGCGAAUUGCAGCCCCUCAUCAACGCCACCGGGGUCAUCGUGCACACCAACCUCGGCCGCUCGCUGCUGGCCGACUCGGCGGUGGCCAACAUGCAGACGGUGGCCGCGGCAUACAGCAAUCUCGAAUACGAUGUGGAACUCGGCGAGCGCGGCACCCGCUACGGGCACCUUGAAGGGCUCCUGCGCUCCCUCACCGGUGCCGAAGCCGCCCUGGUGGUCAACAACAACGCCGCGGCGGUGUACCUGGCCCUGCAGGCGCUGGCCAAGGGCAGCGAGGUGAUCGUGUCGCGCGGCCAGCUCAUCGAAAUCGGCGGCUCAUUCCGCAUCCCCGACAUCAUGCGCAGCAGCGGCGCCGUUCUGCGCGAGGUCGGCAGCACCAACAAAACCCACCUGCGGGAUUACGCCGCCGGCAUCUCGGCGGACACCGCGCUGCUACUGCGGGUGCACACCAGCAAUUACCGCAUCGUCGGCUUUACCGCCGAGGUGCCGCGGCGCGAGCUGGUGGCGCUGGGCCGCGAGCACGGCCUGCCGGUCAUGGAGGACCUGGGCAGCGGCACGCUGGUCGAUCUGCAACCGUACGGCCUGCACGACGAGCCGACCGUUAACGAGGUGGUCGCCGGCGGCGUCGACGUGGUGACGUUCAGCGGCGACAAAUUGCUGGGCGGGCCGCAGGCCGGCAUCGUGGUGGGCAAGGCCGCCUACGUCGAUCAAUUGCGGCGCCAUCCGAUGCACCGCGCCGUGCGGGUGGACAAGUUCACGGUGGCGGCGCUGGAAGCCACACUGAAGCUGUACGCCGACCCGGAAACGGCACGGCGGCAGAUUCCCACCCUGGCGAUGCUCGGCCUGUCGCCGCGCGACGUCGCGCGGCGCAUUCGACGGCUGCGGCGUCUGUUGCCGGCCGGCAGCGACGCCGCCUACCGGCCGCAAGUGAUCGACGGCACCUCGGCCGUCGGCGGCGGCGCCUGCUCUUGCCGGUCGUGUGCCCACCAGACUGCUGGCGCUGCAAGCCGACUUUCUGUUCGGUUAGCAGCCUCGAACGGCGCCUGCGCUGCCGCCGCCGGCAAUCGACGCAAAAUCAUCGGGACGCGCAGCGCGCAAGAACGGAGAAGUUUCAGCAUUAGCGCUGGACCUGCGCACGGUUGCGGAACGCGAGGUCCCGAAGACCGCUCGCCGCCGCCCGACAGCGAACUGGUUCCAGACAUACAUGCAAACAAAUCGCUUCUGCGGACACACCGCCCGGCUCACAUCGACCACGGCAAGACCAGCCAGCCUACAAGCCUCACCGACAUCGACACCGACCGCCUCAAGGAGGAAAAGGAGCGCGGCGGGAUCACCAUCGACCUCGGCUUCGCCUUCCUCAACCUGACGGACGAGGUGCAGUUGGGCAUCGUCGACGUGCCGGGACACGAGCGCUUCGUCAAAAACAUGCUGGCGGGCGUCGGCGGCAUCGAUCUCGUGCUGCUGGUCAUCGCCGCCGACGAGGGCGUCAUGCCGCAGACGCGCGAGCACCUCGCCAUCUGCGAACUGCUGCAAGUGCAGGAGGGCUUGGUGGUGCUCACCAAGACGGACAUGGUGGAGACGGAGUGGCUGGAACUGGUACGCGACGACACCGCCGAGUUCCUGCGCGGUACGUUUCUCGAAGGCAAGCCGAUCGUGCCGGUAUCCUCGCGUACCGGCGAGGGACUGGAGGUACUCCUGCAAACGCUGCGCGGCGCCUGUGAGUCGCUCAGUCGCGCACCUCCGGCGGCCCGGCUCGCCUGCCCAUCGACCGCCGUGCGUCUUGAGGAUCGCCUGGAGGUGUUGCCGAAGCGCGAACUGGCGCGGGUGCGCGGCCUGCAGGCGCACGGCCAGACGGUCAGCGAGGCGGUCGCCGGACAACGAACCGCCGUCAACCUGCAGGGCAUCGAACUGGACGACCUGCAGCGCGGCGACGUGCUGACGACGCCGGGGCGCUUUCCCACCACCUACAUGCUGGACGUGACGCUGAAACUUCUGGACGACGCGCCGCGCGCACGAGACGCACGCUGCCCGCGUGCGGUUUCCCCGUCAUUGGCACCACGCGAGAUCAGCGACGCCGAGGUCCUGACCGUGCACCUGUUCAACGCCGCGUACGCCGGCCUGCAAUGGCCGGAGCUUGUGCAACGCACCCCGCUGGAAGACGACGCGCUGCGCCAGGUUAUCGCCGAGGUCACCGAGCAGGGCAUCGGCGUGGCGAUCGACGACAACCCGCCGUGGCUGCUGCACCGUGAACGUUACAACCAAGCCUGCGCCGAGAUGCGAGGGCUGGUGGAGGACUUUCACCACCACAACCCGCUCAAGCCGGCCAUGUUCACUGAGGAGCUGCGCAGUAAGUUUCCACGCAUGGCGGACAAGGUGUUCAGCGCCAUCCUGCGCGACCUGACCGCUACCGGCGAGCUCGACGUCAGCCGCGACAAGGUGAAGCUGGCCAGCCAUGCGGUGACGCUGUCGCCCGAGCGGCAGGCGCUGUUCGAUGCCCUGGAACACACCUUUCAGGAAGCCGCUUUCCAGCCACCGAGCGUCGAGGAAGCCCUGGCGGCGCAGAGUUCCAAACCCGCUGACGCGCGCGCCCUGCUGCAAGUUUUGGUGGACCAGAAUCGGCUGGUGCGCUUGAAGGGCGACGUGUUCUACCACAAGGAGGCGCUGGACCAAAUCGAGCAGCGCCUGCGCGCCCACCUCGAAGCACACCGGGAAAUUACCGCCGGCGAGUUUCGGGACAUGCUGGAGAAUAUCCCGCAA